CCUGUGCGUCCCGUAUCUGUGGAGACCGCAAUAUGGCGGCGGUGUGAGUUAGGAGCGUUGGUCCGCUGCUAGCGAGUAGCCAGGGAAGGAAUCUGUACCAGGAGACUGCCUCCUCCGGGAAGUUGUGGCCAGGGCCCCUCGGGGUCCUCAGACAGCCCCGUAAGACUGGGAAAACUUGGGCGAGAUCAGACCGGGAAGCCCGAAGACAAAAAAGGAACAGCUCUAAGUACCCAUUGCUCAUCUAGGCGAUAUCAGGUCCCACCAUGAGGCCCAGGGACAGCGGAGACUGCACUAUGAAUUCUGGUGGGUCAUGCCUGAGUACCAUUACAAUGGCUGUCCCCACCAUCAAUGACAGCAGUAUACCCAUGAGCACCUGCAGCAGCAGCACCAGUGCCCAGCCCAGCAGCCCCAUAGACACUCAAGUGUGCCUCCCAAAGAAGCAGAACAAAGUAAAGAAGAGGGUCAUCUGGGGCAUUGAAGUGGCCGAGGAGCUGCAGUGGAAAGGCUGGGAACUGGGGAAGGAGACCACGAAGAACCUGGUUUUGAAAAAUCUCUCCUUGAAAACCCAGAAGAUGAAGUACAGGCCUCUCAAGACCAAGUUCUUCUUCACGGUCAUCCCUCAGCCCAUCUUCCUGAGCCCAGGCAUAACUCUCAUGCUACCUAUUGUCUUCCGGCCUCUAGAGGAGAGAGAGUACAAGGACCAGCUGUGGUUUGAGAAGGAAGAGGGGAUAUUCUGUGUGGAACUGAGGGCCACCCUGCCUUGCCACAAACUAGAGUGCCCCCCGUCCCUACAGCUGCCCAUGUGUGCCAUCGGGGACACGGUUGAGGCCUGUUUCUGCCUGGACAAUGUGGGGGACCUGCCCACCUUCUUCACCUGGGAGUUCCCCAGCUCAUUCCAGAUCCUUCCCACCACGGGGUUACUGGAGCCAGGCCUGGCUUGUAGGAUCAAAGUGACCUUUCAGCCCCUCAUGGCUGUCAUCCAUGAAGUGGAGGCCACGUGCUGGUAUGGGGAGGGCAGCAAGCAGAAAAGCAGCAUCCAGCUGCAGGCUAUAGCCAAAUGUGCCCAGCUGGUGGUGAGCAUAAGGCACAAGCGACCGGAGGACCAGGAUGCUGAGGGCUCGCAGAAGGUGUUGCACUUCGGCUGCGUUGCUGUGGGCUGCACAGCUGAGAGGCAGAUAAGGCUGUAUAACCCAUCCGUGGUGAAUGCCCCUUUUAGGAUCGAAAUAGCCUCAGACAUUCUGGCCAAAGACCAAGCCUUCUCAUGUUCCAAGGGCCAUGGCAUCGUGCCCCCAGGAGAAAAGAAAUAUGUGUCAUUAUUCUUCCACCCUGAGGCCUUGGAUGUCAGAACUAUGGAUUACAUUUCCAUCAUGUCUUCCGGCUGUGUCUCCCAAACUGUGCUCAAAGUCGUUGGUUUCUGUAUAGGUCCUGCUGUGGCCCUGCAGCACUACUGUGUCAACUUCAACUGGGUCAACCCUGGGGAGCACUCGGAGCAGACACUGUGGAUAGAGAACCAGUCAGACAGCACAGCACACUUCCAGUUUGCCAUCGACUGCCAGGAGAGCGUCUUCAGCAUCCAACCUGCCUUCGGGACCCUGGUGGGCAAGGCCCGCAUGACCCUGCACUGCACCUUCCGGCCCACUCGCCCCAUCAUCUGCUUUCGACGGGUAGCCUGUCUCAUCCACCACCAGGACCCGCUGUUCCUGGACCUGAUAGGAACCUGCCACUCAGACAACACCAAGCCGGUCAUCCUGAAGCCUCAGCACCUCACCUGGUACCGCACGCACCUGGCUCGGGGUCUGACACUGUACCCUCCUGACAUCCUGGGCAUCAUGCUGAAGGAGAGGAAGCUGGAACAAGACAGGAAUGGGGCCCUUAUGAUACCCAUUGAGGACCUGGAGGAUAUGCCAGCCCCGCAAUACCCCUAUAUUCCUCCCAUGACUGAGAUCUUCUUCGAUGGUACCAAUGACUUGGCCAUCUUCCCCCCACCCGUCAGCAUAGAGCCCAUGGAGGUGGACUUUGGUGGCUGCCCUGGACCUGAGCCCCCCAACCCUAUCCCUCUGUGCCUGAUGAACCACACCAAGGGCAAGAUCAAAGUGGUCUGGACACGCAGAGAUGACUGUCCCUUCUGGGUGACCCCAGACACCUGCGAUGUGCCCCCACUCAAGUCUGUAGCCUUGCGUCUGCACUUCCAGCCACCCAACCCCAACUGCCUCUAUGCUGUGGAGCUUGAAGCCUUUGCUGCCUACAAGGUCCUGUGGAGCUACAGCAACAUCGAGGAGGACUGCACUGUGUGCCCAUCUUGGUGCCUGACAGUGAAGGCACGAGGCCACAGCUAUUUUGCUGCCUUGGAGCAUCAUGUCCCCCAAUAUUCCCUGGAUGUACCCAAGCUAUUUCCUGCAGUGUCCUCUGGUGAGCCCUCCUACCGCAGCCUGCUCCUGGUCAACAAAGGCUCCAUGCUGCUGAUCUUCAGCUUGGCCCCCCAGAGCAGCUCAGACAUCACCCUGCGGCCUGCCUCAGGCCUGGUAGCCCCUGGGGCCCACCAGAUCUUUCUCAUCAGCACCUACCCUAAGGGCACCUCCUGGAAGCAGCACAUUUUCUACCUACAGUUCAAUUUUUACCCCCAAUAUCUCAAGGAGGUGAGCAUGCAGAGCCGGGAGGAGCCACUGCAGCUGAAGCUGGACACCUACAGAAGCAUCUUCUUCAAGCCCACCUGGGUGGGCUGCUCCUCCACCAGUUCCUUCACCUUCCGCAACCCCUCGCGUCUGCCCCUAGAGUUCGAGUGGAGGGUCUCCCAGCAGCACCAGAAGACGCUGGCCGUCCAGCCUGCCAGAGGCCUCAUCCAGCCCAAUGAGAGCCUUAUAACAAGGUUGGCGAGAAGAAAGAGUUGUGUCAAGUCUCUCUGGUGGCUGUGUAUCCCUUGCUCUCCGUUCUUGAUGCCUACUCCAUGGGCAGUGCCGAGGGCAUCACCCGGAAGCACCUGUGGCGCCUCUUCUCCCUGGACAUGCUCAACAAUUACUUGGCACGUGACCCCACACCCGGGGAGCUCACCUACCGAGUGCCCACCCGGCACAGCACGAACCAGACCCCCCCUGUCUUCACCCCUUUGAAACUUGAUUUCAAUUUUGGGGUAGCACCGCUCAAGGCCCCACCCUCUGUGGUACUCCUGGACCUGAAGAACAUUGGGAUGGUACCCUUGGACUGGGCCUUCCUCUUUCCAAGUGACCAGCAGAUUGACUUGGAGCUAUGGGCAGAGCAAGUAGAUUUUGACAGCACUGAGCUCCACCAAAUGCGUGCAGAGGACAACUGCAUCUUCUCCAUCAGCCCCAAGACUGGGAGCCUGAGUCCUGGGGAGGAGCAGAUGGUGGAGUUAAAGUACAGUCACCUGUUUGUUGGCACUGAUCGCCUGCCAGUGCUCUUCAAGGUGUCACAUGGCAGGGAGAUCUUGGCAUAACAGUGAAGCUGGAGCAGAAGUACGUGCUCUUCACCUCCACUAGCCACCAGUUCAUCCCUGUCCCCAUUGGCAACACGCU